UAAUUCAGCACACUUUUUGAAAAUAUUCCUUCUGAACAUUCGUUUUUUUGCUGUAAAACAAACACAAAGCGGAUUCUUUUCAAAUUAGAAAUAAAUUAUUAUGUAACGUAUAAAUGAAAUGAUGUCCCCACACGUGCGUUGCCGGUAGGAUAUUACGUAUAGGCGUAACGUAACGCAUGCAUCGUUACUUCAAGUAAAAAUAGCAAAGUGUGUCAAGUGCUAGCUCUCCGAAAUAGGGAAAUAGACGAUAAGGAAGUGAUAAAUGAUACUAGCCGCAUUUGAAAAGGUUUGCUUUCGAAAAGUAGCUGACCGGAUCACCUGCUCGCCCCAUUCGAAUAAGCGGUGGUUAGACGAACUGACCAAACAAAACAGAACCGGGGGGCAUGAAUCGGCAAAUGCGGUAGCUUGUCAAACUGUCACCAGCGCACCAGAGCAAACAGCAAACAGAUUCUGUAGGAAAAAGGUGAAGACGAUUGUAGGCACCAGCAUAGUAAAAGGGAACGGUUUUGUGCGAAAGGAAAUGGAAAGUGUUGUUGAUGUAAAAUUCCCUGUAACAUCCCUGGUACCGAAGAAUGAAACCGGUGCGCUUAGCUUCAUCCGGAUGUACCCGGAGUACGAUGGUCGGGACGUGACAAUCGCUAUCCUGGAUUCCGGCGUUGAUCCCCGGGCAAAAGGUUUAGAGCAAAUUCCCGGCGGAGAUGUUAAAGUAAUUGAGCGUUACGACUGUUCCGGGUGCGGCGAUGUGGACACCAGCAAAACGGUCACGGCUAGCCAGGAUGGUACCAUUACGGGUCUCUCUGGUCGCAAGCUGCAGCUGUCUUCCACGAUGAAAGCGAAAAAUAUUGCCGGCUCGGAGUACCGUGUGGGGCUGAAGAGUGUGCACGAUCUUUCCCCGUCGCGCAUUCGCGAGCGCAUUUUGAACGAUCUGAAGGUAAAAACGUGGGACGAUCGGCACAAACUAGCCGUUAGCGAAGCGGCACGAGAGUUGAGCGAUUUCGAGGCCAAGAAUCCACCGACUGGGUUGGGUGGGAAGGAGAAGCUGGUGAAGGAAAAUCUGGAAAGUCAGCUGGAGUUUUUGAAUACGUGCGACAAAAAGUUUACCGAUUUGAAAACAUCGUACGAUUGUGUGCUGUUCCCGACGAAGGAAGGCUGGAUGGCGGUGAUCGAUACGACUGAGAAGGGUGAUCUAGAGAAUGCGGUCCACGUGGUGGAAUAUACCCGUUCGCAUCAGCUCGUUAAUUUGGAUGAUUUUCUGUCGGUUUCGAUAAACGUGCACGACGAAGGAAAUGUGCUGGAAGUGGUUGGCGUUUGCUCGAGUCAUGGUACACAUGUCGCUUCCAUUGCCAGCGGUUACCAUCCCAAUGAUCCCGAGCUGAAUGGUGUGGCACCGGCUGCAAAGAUUGUGUCGCUAACCAUCGGCGAUGGUCGGUUGGAAUCGAUGGAAACGGGAACGGCACUCGUACGGGCCAUCAUAAAGGUGAUGGAGCUGUGUGAAGCUGGUCGUAAAAUUGACGUUAUCAACAUGAGCUACGGAGAGCACGGCCACUGGUCGAACUCGGGUCGGGUGGGAGAGCUGAUGAGCGAGCUUGUAAACAGAUACGGCGUAGUGUGGGUUGCUUCGGCCGGUAACCAUGGGCCGGCACUAUGCACUAUUGGCACACCGCCCGACAUUAGCCAACCGAGCUGCGUUGGCGUCGGUGCGUACGUAUCACCGGAAAUGAUGGAAGCCGAGUACGCACUGUAUCAGAAGCUACCGGCCAACGUGUACACCUGGUCAUCGCGUGAUCCCUGCAUCGAUGGAGGCUUCGGUGUGACGGUAUGUGCACCCGGUGCGGCCAUUGCUUCGGUGCCACAGUUUACCAUGUCUAAGGCACAGCUAAUGAAUGGUACCAGCAUGUCGGCACCACAUGUCGCCGGUUCGGUUGGAUUGUUGAUUUCCGGCUUAAAACAAAAAGCCGUCCCAUACACGGCAUUCAGCAUCAAGCGUGCGCUGUGGAACACGGCAACUAGAAUUGAUUACGUAGACAAGUUCGCGCAGGGCAAUGGGUUGCUAAAUGUUGGUAAAGCAUUCGACCAUCUUACCACGUACUGUGGGCUGUUGGAGAACAAACUUCGUUUCUCCGUUACGGUGGGAAACAAUAACGCAAAAGGUAUCCAUAUGCGGCACGGUGUUCUUACAAAGGUGGAAGACUUCUCCGUCAACAUAGAGCCGGUUAUUUUCAACGAAAAAUACGCUGACGCAGCAGACAAGAUCAACUUCAACGUGCGAUUAACACUAAUACCAACGGAAUCGUGGAUCAACUGUGGCCACUAUCUCGAUCUGUGCUAUUCGGCGCGAAAGAUUUCCGUCAAGGUAGAUCCCUCCGGACUGGCACCGGGUGUGUACCGUGCGAGCGUAAAAGCGUACGAUUCUUCCUGCCCCGAGAAGGGUGUUUUGUUCGAAAUUCCGGUCACGGUCGUGCAACCGCACGUAGUCGAUCCGAAAUCGAACGAAUUUGUGCGCGGUGACUUACCGGUUGAUUGUAAACCGCACACCAUUAUACGGGACUUUAUUCUGGUACCGAAAUAUGCGACCUGGGCCGUCAUUGAGAUGCGAUCGGCUGAUGCGAAUGAUGCGGUUGGGGGUAAAUUUUUCCUACACACGCUACAGAUCCUACCGAUGAAGUUCUGUAAGGCGAUGGAGAUGCAAAAGAUUUUACCCGUCAACGGUACGACACCAACAGUGCAGCCUGUUAGGGUGGAGGGUGAUCAUAUAAUUGAAAUCUGUAUUGCCAAAUUUUGGUCAAACUUUGGAACGUUGCCAUUGCGCUAUUCAGUGAAAUUCCAUGGCAUUAGCCCUCUGAAUGGAUCGGUAAUGCAUAGCGCUAGCGGGAUCCAUCGGAUCGACCUAACCGCCUUGACAAGCGAAGAAGUACACCCGGUAGUAUCGUUAAAAACCGCUGCAAUGGUUUUAAAACCUUCCGAAACCAAGGUGACACCACUAACGGCGCGCGACGUUAUUCAUCCAGCGAGACAAAUCUAUCAAACGCUCAUCACGUACCAGCUGCAUUUGGUGAAGGGAUACGAAGUAGCAUUCUACACGCCACUGUUUAGUAACAUUCUGUACGAGAGUGAGUUCGAGUCCCAGUUCUGGAUGGUGUUCGAUACGAACAAGAUGAUGGUUCGGUGCGGUGAUGCGUACUCUUACGAUAAGUACGAAAAGCUGGAAAAGGGUGACUACACCAUCCGUUUGCAGGUGCGCCACGAAAAGAAGGAACUGCUGGAGAAGCUAACCGAAGCGAACAUGAUCGUUAACUUCAAGCUGGCUAGCAAUAGUCUAUCGGUGGACGUGUACAAAUCGUACAAUCAGGUGCUGUCAGGUGCGAAAAAGAUGACGAGCUGCUUCCUGGCGGCUGGUGCAUGUCGCCCCAUCUACCUAGCGCCGGUUCCUAGCGAGAAGCUACAGAAAGCAUCCAUACCACCGCAGUGUUCUUGGCUCGAGGGCAGUAUUACGUACGCGAAGGAGGACAUCAUAAAGAAGUGUGUAUCGCACAGCUUCCAGUACAUACUGACGGAAGGUCCACCGGCAAAGAAAAGCUCAACGGCGGCCACUAGCAGUACUGCCACGGCCAAUAAUGCGACUAACGGAAGCAACCCAACCAGUGGAGGUUCGAAUGGAUCCGGUAAUGUAAUUACCGCACCGAACGGUGCUAAUGGUGGCGUACCGAAUGGAACACCCGCGAAGGAAACGCGUAGCAAAUGGGAUGAGUAUUGUGAAGGAUUGCGCGAUUAUCAGACGGCACAAAUAGCAAAGUUGGAUUCGGAAAAUGCGGACAAUCUGUAUCACGCUCUGCUGAAGGAUAAUCCCAACCAUCUGGCAGCUCAUUUAGCGAUGGCAGAUCAUUACGAUAGUAGCGAGCUGAAGCAAAACCUUCCGUACGCGUUUACGAAAUCACUCGACCCGUCUGAUGCCGCACCGGCGACACUGUUGAAGGUGAAGCUGCUUCGUAUCAUUGAGUUGGCUAGCUUGGUGGUGAAGGAAGUUGACCAGAAUGCACUGCUUGCGUACUAUGGCAUGAAGGUUGAUAAUCGACCAAAUGCAGCCAAAGUUAAAAUUCAAAUGGACAAACAAAAGCAACUUCUGCUGGAUGCCUGUCAGCGUAAGUUUGUGGCCUUGUGCAAGUUGCGGGUUUUGCAGAACUUGUUCGAUGCACAGGACGUAAGUCAACCGGAUUAUGCGGAGGAGCUGGAUCAAUUGUAUGGUGAAGUGGGCAAAUUUAUUGAAUACACCGAUUCAAAGGUACUGUUGUUAACGAUUUGGCACGCAUUUUCCCUAAAGCAGUACGGCCGCAUGGUAAAGUAUUUAAACAAGCUGUACGAGGAAAAGCUUAGCCGCGAUAUACUGGAGGAAAUACUGGCCGUGGUUGAUGAGAAGAAGUGGACACACGUUCAUCAGCAGCUGUCGAAAAUUAUCGUAUCAUCAAACCCUCAGGGAUAUCGACUUUUCUAAUCUGCUAACCGUUCCGUAGGUAGUUUCGGCUAUCAAAUGGAUAAAGAUUUCGCAUUUUAUCAUACCGUAGCUUCAACAUUUCUCUAACCCCGUUACUUUGUUUGCUUGUUAGUGCAAUUUGCUUUUGUGUUCUGUAAAAUCAAACAAAUGAAAAUCGGAUUAAAUUUUCCUAAAACUUUUAAGUGACAGUAACGAGUUUUUUUUUUAGUCGAAAUACGCCCUUUUAUUUCAUUCUGCUUCCAUUUUGCUCACACAACUACACCAAUGCGAAAAAGCUGAAGGAAAAUUGGUUUAAAAACGAUGUUAAAAAGAUAUUUGCUUCGGGAAUCGUAUUAUGAUGCCAUCUUAAGCAGUUUUCCCGAGAACUUUUAUCGUCCACAUUUUGAAAACUCGACAAAGUAACAAUCCGUUAAAUAGUGCGUUUCAUUGAGCCUUUGUUGAUAAAUGAGCUUUGUAGAUUUUGUAGGUAAUUAUUAUUUUUUAUGUGUUUCAAUGGCAUUUUGAGAGUUUUUAUCCCCCGUGCAUUUCGUAUUAAGAAAGUUUAAGCAGCAAAUACUUUUUCCAACAUCUCCAAAUACAACGGAACCCGAGUGAAAAAAGGCGGUACAGAACAUUAGCUUGUUCUACUGAUAUGUUAUGUUACAUCUGGGCAUUGUUUAAUUGAUUUUCUUCUUCAAUCUUGACAAUUUAACAGGGCUUCACAUAGUAGAUAUGUUCACGUUUAAUAGCAAAUAGUACAGUUUUGAAAAUGACUGCUGAAGAAGGGGUAUCAUUUUGACUGCCCAAUAAACGUAAUAAAUUAAGAACAAUUUAAAUAAACUAUACUAUUCCUUAGGUAAA